AGGGGGAGGGGCGAGCAGGAAGUAUGUCCCGGAGCAGCGGUCUGGCUAGAACCAGAGCACUAGGGGGACGCCGAACCGGCCGCUGCUGCCCCCAGCUUCUCCCUCCCGAGCCCGACUCAGCCCCGGACUUCCGAGCAGGCAGAUCUCUUCUGGACCCCCUCCCUCCCCCCAGCCAGCCUAGCCAGCGACCCCCUGGGUGACCCCGGGCAGGUCCCUGGCCCUCCCCGGCCUCAGCCCCGGCCCCAGUCUAAUGAAAGGGCUGGAAGCCCGCUCCGGGCGGCCGGCGGCUGCCUCCUAACGUUCUCGGGUCUCUCCACGGCCACCGACCCUCGGAGGCGGCUUUCUUCCUGCUCCACCGCUCCAUUUCCUUUGUUGCAGCCCGGAGCGCCCUGCCCCUCCCCGCUCCCGGAGUUCCAUUGGUUGUAGCCGCAAGGGUCGUUUCUUUCGGCCCGAACGUUCCGUUUAUUGCGUCCCCGAACGUUCCACUCGGGUCUGCAAAUGUUCUGUGGCUCGGAGUUCCCAGCGUUCCGUCUGUUUGCAUUCUUUCCGUUACUAACAUUCUACGGGCAAAUGUAACGUUCUACGUUCCACGCUCCAAGACUCCUCUGGGUUCUAAUGUUCCGGGUCGGAAGGCCCGUGUUAGCUCCUCACAUUUUUGGUUCAGAGUCUGGAGGACCGCGGGAGGACUUGCAUUCGAUGUUCCAAGACCCUUUCAUGCUGUAGCAUUCUGCAGUCCCUCAGCAGCUCCAGAGCCGCGUCCUCUGUUCUAAGACUCCACUUCCAGUAUUCUGUUACCAGAAUGUUCUCUGCCUAGAACCUCGCGUCCCGUCGGUCCCCCUUAAGGCUCUGUACUUUCACACCCCACCCCCUCACCCUUCCCAGCUUCUGCCCUAAGCCGACUUCCCCAGUGACCUCAGACUUCACCUCUCCCCCACCCCCCAAUUCCUUUGCCAUGAACAGGACCCCCCUGAAGCGCUCCAGGAUCCUGAGGAUGGCGCUCGCCGGGGCCUUGGAGGCGCCCGCCGCGGGCGGCUCGGGGCAGGAGAAGCCCUUUCUGCUGAGGGCGGUGCAGAUCGCCCUGGUGGUGACGCUCUAUUGGGUGAUUUCCAUCUCCAUGGUCUUCCUGAACAAGUACCUGCUGGACAGCCCCUCGCUGCGCCUGGACGCCCCGCUCUUCGUCACCUUCUACCAGUGCCUGAUAACGGCCCUGCUGUGCAAGGCCCUCAGCCUGCUGGCCGCGUGCUGGCCCGGCGCCGUGGACUUCCCCUCGGUGCGCAUGGACCUGAAGGUGUCCCGCAGCGUCCUGCCCCUGUCGGUGGUCUUCAUCAGCAUGAUCACCUUCAACAACCUCUGCCUCAAGUACGUGGGGGUGGCCUUCUACAACGUGGGCCGCUCCCUCACCACCGUCUUCAACGUGCUGCUCUCCUACCUGCUGCUCAAGCAGACCACCUCCUUCUACGCCCUGCUCACCUGUGGCGUCAUCAUUGGUGGUUUCUGGCUGGGCGUGGACCAGGAGGGAGAAGAGGGCACCCUGUCGUGGGUGGGCACCCUGUUCGGGGUGCUGGCCAGCCUCUGCGUCUCCCUCAAUGCCAUCUACACCAAGAAGGUGCUGCCGGCGGUGGACGGCAGCAUCUGGCGGCUGACCUUCUACAACAACGUCAAUGCUUGCGUCCUCUUCCUCCCGCUGCUGCUGCUGUUUGGGGAGCUGCAGACCGUGGCCGUCUUCGACAAGCUGGACAGCGCCCACUUCUGGGGCAUGAUGACCCUGGGCGGGCUCUUUGGCUUCGCCAUCGGCUACGUGACGGGCCUGCAGAUCAAGUUCACCAGUCCCCUGACGCACAACGUGUCCGGCACGGCCAAAGCCUGCGCUCAGACGGUCCUGGCUGUCCUGUACUUCGAGGAGACCAAAAGCUUCCUCUGGUGGACCAGCAACCUGAUGGUGCUGGGCGGCUCCUCGGCCUACACCUGGGUGAAGGGGCUGGAGAUGAAGAAGGCCCAGGAGGAGCUGGCCCCCAGGGAGGGCGAGAAGGGCGAGAUGGGCGUGUGAGCCUGCCCUGGGCAGAGGGCAGGAAGAGUCCUACCCAGGGGUGGAGAGCACAGGGUACGGUGGGGGGCAGAGCCUAGGGGGGAG